AUGUUACGAGGUUUUUUGUCUUAUACAACAUCAAUUAGAAAGAGAAUAAAUCUUAGAACAGAACAGACCAGUCGAACUCUAAUCUGUUCCCUGGGGUCACAGUCUGGUAAGCUGGACAAUUGUAUCCCUAAUUUCGCAGUUUCCAACUGCGUUGUUGGCGGCAGGUUUCCUUUUGACCGCCCAACUGCCUACGCAGAGGUCAAUAGACUGGAAUUUCCAGUUGAGAUUAUAAGUAUCCAUGAUCGAAGGGCUGAAUCCGUCGUGCAGCUCGAGACAAUAGCCAUACAAUCGGCUAUCAAAGGGUUCGGACUACGCAGGUAUCCAGCAUGGAACUUCUCUAGAGAUUUUCCUUUGUCGUUGGUCCAGCAUGUAUAA